UCUGGGGGUGAAAAUGAAAAUAAUUUAGCGAGAAAUGGAAAUCCAAAGAGGACCCCUAGGGCCCUAGCAUAUCGUUCCUCUAAAUGGGAGCAUACGGCUACUGUAUGAGCCAUGAACUCGCUCAAUAGGAAGGGAAAGGGUGCAUCCUCUUCCUCCUCCUUCGAGGUGUUAGUGAAUGGAGCAAGGGGUUUUAUGCAGGAGUCGCAAAAACAGGGUUCCUUCAUGCCAGAGGCUGGGGGCCAUAGCCUUGGCCCUUCUUGCCAUAGUUUCACCUCUUUUUAUUGACAGGAGGGCUGUGAGUGAAGAGGAGGUGGAUGAGGUGCAGCCGGUUAACGUGGCCUCUUGGCUGCCUUUACUGCUGCUGCUCUUGAUUCUGGCCAUUGCCUUGUCUGGGUACUUGGACCAAAGCCUUGCCAGCUUUGACCCUAACUGGAUUCACCGGUUUGGGGGUUCUUCUGUCGGGAUUCUUACAAUUCUUAUUGUUCUGGCAUUGGUUUUGAAGUUUAAAGCUUAUCUGAUGAGUUGGGACUGUUAAAGAGUGCGCAUGCACACUCACACACCCGUGCGCACAAUGUAUGAUUUCUCAGCUAGAAAUUAAUGCGCUUGUUGAAUUGAACUUUCUGAUGUAUCUGCUUUAUUUGAAGAUGGGAAAUAGCCCUGUUCUCAGUUAUGGACUUUCAGCCUCUGCCGUUUUGUUUUUUGGAUGGAGGGAGUUGAUUUAUCACUACAGCCACUCUUCUCAAGUUUAUGUUUCUCACUAUAUUUCCUUCCUCCGAAGUGAUGGUUUAGCCUUCAAGGGUACGCUUUUCCAUAGCUAAUAAUCAUGAAUAUGUCCUGUCAGGGGGGAGAAAAAAUUAGACUCUUCUAGAGAUAUGGUCUUCCAGUCAAUUCUCAUUGUUCAAUGAUCAUUUCAAAUUGUGGGUCUCAUUGGACCUUGAUCAAGCUUUCUUGUUCACUGAAAUCACUCGAGUAGGUUUGACAUAGUCUCACCUAGUAAGGUUCACGAGUAAUUAAUGAGACUCAUUUUGGAGUGAUUUAAUUAGAUAGGAAAGCUUGACUGGAGGACCAUGCUAGCUUUAUGAGAGGACCUAUUUUUUUCUCAUUCCUAAGAAUUAGAUACAUUGUUCCUCAAGUUUGUAUUUUUGAGAAACACUCCAAAAACCUCAGGUUGUAAACAAAUCAAGCCACUUGUAAGCAUCUUGUAUUAUAAGAGCUAAUUCAAGCUUAUUUAUAUUAUAUAAAUGAACAAUUUUCAAGUCAAA